AUGGAUCUGACGGAGGAUUUGUCUGCUCGGGUCCUGCUGAGGAACAUCCUCAGCUCCGAGACCCCCAGGACCCCCAUCACCCGCAGUGCCUCCAAAGAAUUGAGCCCCAGCGGGAGCCGGCGCAGCAGUAGACUGAUAAGGAAAGAUGCUGGAGCCAAGACCCCACAGGACAUCCUGAGGCGCAGCUUGAAACAUAAAAUGCGUGAGAGUAUAACCAGGAAGUCCUUGCCCACCACUUCAAGGAGGACGGCCUCGGCCGGGCCCCGGAAGAUGCAAACUCCCGCCCCAACCUCAAUGAUUUUUGAUGAGGGAGACACACCGAGGCACAUGCUCAGGAACAUCCUGCUGACAGAGCCGGUGAGGUCCCCGGUGGUUCAUGAAAAAGCUGCGUCAGAAGAGCCACAGCUGCCUUCAGCCGACUCAAGCAUGACCAGCAAGCGUCCCAGUAUUGAGCUCUCAGGGCUGGAUCUGCCUGAUUUAACUUUUGGCAACGCGGCAAGCGUCGCAAAGGGGCUGAGCAGAAAGAGGCCCCACCGAAGUCUUAACGUUACCACUUUUGAAAAACGACUUAAAGGCACAAGUGAUGUUGGAGAAGAAAGUAAUGUUUCGAUGAGUGAUCAAUCAUCACUUUCCUUAACAAGCUCCACUUCUUUGGGUUUGAAAACCCCCUUCGUAGACAUGCGGUCAGAAAGGAGGGGUCUGCAGAGGAGACUGACCAACCGUAGAAAAAUCACAGAAGAAGAAUUCGGUGCUGGUGUAAAUAAAUGGCAUAUGGGAGACGGUCAUGACAAACCACAGGAUCCGAAUAUGACCACCUACUCUGAGGGCUUCAACCUGGGCCUAAGUGCUCUCAGUUUACCUGAUAUCUCAACAGAUAUCGUCAACUGUAACACAGCCCUCUACACAGAACCUAAUUCCAUGACCUCCAGCUCGUCCAUCGUUGCACCAGAGGACAAAGGGGAGACGAGAGACAUGGAGCCAACCGAGGGAGGAGGUGCAGCAGAACCUCAGAGUGAAGAAGAGGAGAACAGAGUUGAAGCUCAAACGGAGGAGGAAGGUGCAUCUGAUUCUCAAACCGCUGCAAGCAGGUCUCAGUCUGAGGAAGAGGAGGUUGCACCUGACUCUCAAACUAAGGAAGAAGAAGAUGUAGUGGAUUCUCAGCCUGAAGAGGAGGUUGCCGGCAGGUCUGAGGAAGAGGAGGUUGCACCUGAGUCUCAAACUGAGGAAGAUGAAGAUGUAGGGGAUUCUCAGCCUGAAGAGGAGGUUGUAGCCAUGUCUCAGGAGGAGGAAGAGGAGGUUGCACCUGAGUCUCAAACUGAGGAAGAAGAAGAUGUAGUGGAUUCUCAGCCUGAAGAGGAUGUCGCAGCCAGGUCUGAGGAAGAGGAGGUUGCACCUGAGUAUCAAACUGAGGAAGUUGUAGUGGAUUCUCAGCCUGAAGAGAAUGUUGUAUCAAUGUCUCAGGAGGAGGAAGAGGAGGUUGCACCUGAGUAUCAAACUGAGGAAGUUGUAGUGGAUUCUCAGCCUGAAGAGGAUGUGACAGCCAGGUCUGAGGAAGAGGAAGAGGAGGUUGCACCUGAGUCUCAAACUGAGGAAGAAGAAGGGGCAGUUGAUUCUCGGUCUGAGGAGGAUGUUCAAGCCGGGUCUCAGCCGGAGGCAGUGGGUGAUGAAGAGGAAUAUCAAAGUGACCAAGAAGAACCUGCAGCCAAUUCUCAAUCUGAGAAAGAAAAGCCUGUGGUUGAAGAUGAGCAAGAGGAGGGGGAGGAAGGUGAGCAGGCCUCAGACCUGCUGGAGCACAUCAGUCGAAGGGCUCAGCGCUCGCAGGGCGGCCUCAUUAUGCCGGUUGCAGGAGCUGUGGGAGAUUUGCCGGAUGCAACGAUAGAAGGAUGGAGUGAGGGCAAAGCGCACGCUGCUAUAGAGCCGAGCGAGAGAAGCCAUCCUCAUUCUGAGAUGCCUGACGUGGCUGAGUCUUCGACCCGAGGACAGAAUGAUGAUUCUCAGUCAGAGACAGAGUCUGAUGCUGGUAAAGAAAACCUUCCUCUUCCACUGGAGUUGACGCAUGAUAUCGUAGAUGACGACCACCUGAGUGAUGCUGCAUCUGAAGAAGAGGCCGCUGCUUUGGACCCUGCUGAACAGGAAGAAGAGUGGGAGGAAGAAGAUGGAGAAGAGAACGAGGACUACAUGCGCGAGGCCCCAGCCUUUGUGAAAGAGAAAAGAAACUUUUCCUUCCUGGACCGUCAGGCCUCAACUUCUGUUCCGAAGAAUAUUCAAACCAGUGGUACAAGUGAAGUUUUACCAGCAGCUAAACCAAAGCAGGUGCCGCGGAAGAAGAGCGCCCCGAACAAGAAAAAAACAACCCUCCCUAAGAGCUACCUGAUGGGUGCGUUCAGACACUUUGCAAAAGCAAAGGUCUCUGCAGAUGUGUACCCUGUCCUGGAUGAAGUAAUGGAUAAAUUCUUCGAGCGGCUGGCGGACGACCUGGAGACUUAUGCAGGUCAUGCAAAGAGAAAAACCAUCGAGGUCGAGGAUGUUGUGCUGCUGCUGAAAAGGCAGGGUCAUGUGAAUGACAAGGUGCCGGUGGAAGUGCUCAUUGAGAAAUAUCUUCGCAUGGAGCAGCGUAAGCUCUUGAUCCCCAUCGCGACAAGUGGAAAUGUUGUCAUCCCUAAAAAACUGAUUUGAAUAUUUCAUGUACAGC